GUCUGAAAAGUUUGGUGCUCACUGACAUGUGGUAACUUUUGACGGUCACUGCUUCUCUUAUGUCAUUCGCCGGCAAAAAAUUGUGACAUAAGUUUUGGGGUUAGGUAAAGGUAAAAAAUUGUGUGAUAAGGAAAAAUGAUUUCCUCGAAAAUUUUUGCACGUUUUGUGCACCUACAAGGCCCAUGUCUGGCCGCAGAAAAGUCCCUGUUAGCAACCCUUAGAAAGAAGACAGGAUACACGUUUUCCAACUGCAAAAAAGCCCUGGAGCUGCAUAACAAUGAUAUAAAACAAGCAGAGGCUUGGCUGAGACAACAAGCGCAGUCUUUGGGGUGGGCCAAGGCCACGAAAUUGGAGGGCAGACAGACCUCCCAAGGCCUGAUUGGACUGUCGUUUAAUUCCAAAAACGCAGCCUUGGUCGAAGUCAACUGUGAGACAGAUUUUGUUGCGAGAAAUAAGGAGUUUCACAAGUAUGUUGAGGAGGCGACUUUGAGUUGCCUGAAUUUUGCGCAAACACAGCCAGGGGACAAAACCAUAAAAAAGAUUAGUUUAAACAGUGAUCAGAUGAAAGCGUUUUUGGCCACUGAUGGCAAGUCUUUGGCGGAUCAUUUGGCGCUGAUGAUUGGAACAGUGGGUGAAAAUGCGUCCUUGAAAAGGGGGCUGUGUGUCAAGGCCCCAAGUGACGUGCAUUUGGUCGGUUAUGUGCACCCUUCGGGGAGUGACGGUUCAGUUUUGUUGGGGAAAAUUGGAGGUUUGAUUGCUUUAAAACAAUUAUCUUCAAAGUGUGCAGAUUUGGACGAGAUUGGGAAAAAGCUGUGUCAGCACAUUGUCGGUAUGAACCCUCAAAAAAUUGGUACAUCUGACGAUGAACCAGCCAAAGACAAAGAGGAGGAAGUUUGUUUGAUCCAUCAGGAGUUUUUGCUUGAUGACAGCGUGACGGUGAAGGAAGUUUUAGACGAACAUGAGAUUGAAGUGGUUGAUUUUAAGAGGCUUGAGUGUGGAGGGGACACAGUUGAGGGUGUAAAUCAGCCUUUAGAGUUAAUAGAAACUUGUCAGUAAUUUAUAUUUUGCUACUAAAUAAAAUAGUCGUUUCAA